UCCGGACAGCCCCCUUUUGAUUCAACAUGGCGCCGCUGAUAGUUCCCCUGCAAUGUGGAUUUUACUUUCAAAGACGAAAACUUGCACUUUUACUUCAACAGACAAGCUCAUAUCACAUAUUCAGACAUGGCGAUGACAGGAGAAGCCGAGCCUAUCACAAACAAAACAAGACAUUCCAGGUAUUUAACCCCGGCGUGAGGACAGGAGCAUGGACAAACAGUAGAGGGGAUCAUUGCAGGCAGAUAUUGGAAUCUGCGAAGGGUACACAGUUAUGGCAGGUGUUGGACACCCGAACAUGUUGGCACGGUCAUGCUGGUGGGGGUCUAAGUGCAGAUCCCAAGAAUGUGCUGAAGGAGGUGAAUUCUGGGAAAAUCCUGGCAGCCAUGCUGUCGUACGUGUGGCCCAAGGACCGGCCGGACCUGCGGGCCCGGGUCGCCAUCUCCCUGGGGCUGCUGGCUGGAGCAAAGGCGACGAAUGUCAUGGUGCCUUUCAUGUUUAAGUAUGCGGUGGACGGCCUGAACCAGAUGUCCGGAAACAUGCUGAACCUCAGCGACGCGCCAAACACCGUGGCGACCAUGGCAACGGCCGUCCUGAUUGGCUACGGCGUGUCGAGGGCUGGCUCCGCCCUCUUCAACGAGCUGAGGAACGCGGUCUUUGGGAAGGUGGCCCAGAACUCCAUCAGGAGGAUCGCCAAGAACGUCUUCCUGCACCUGCACAACCUGGACCUGGGCUUCCACCUGAGCCGCCAGACGGGGGCGCUGUCCAAGGCCAUCGACAGGGGGACCCGGGGCAUCAGCUUCGUGCUCAGCGCCCUGGUCUUCAACCUGGGGCCCACCGUGUUCGAGAUGGGCCUCGUCAGUGCGAUCCUGUACUAUAAGUGCGGAGGCCAGUAUGCUUUAGUCGCUGUGGGGACCCUGUCUGCGUACACAGCAUUCACCAUAGCAGUCACUCAGUGGAGGACCCGCUUCAGGAUAGAGAUGAACAAAGCAGACAACGAGGCCGGAAACGCCGCCAUCGACUCGCUGCUCAAUUACGAGACCGUGAAGUAUUUCAACAACGAGAAGUACGAGGCAGAGAAGUACGAUGGGUACCUUAAGGUCUAUGAGUCGUCGUCCCUGAAGACCACGUCUACACUGGCCAUGUUGAACUUCGGUCAGAGCGCCAUCUUCAGCAUAGGCCUCACCUCCAUCAUGGUGCUGGCCAGCAAUGGCAUCAUGGCCGGCACAAUGACAGUGGGGGACCUGGUGAUGGUGAAUGGGCUGCUAUUCCAGCUCUCCCUCCCUCUCAAUUUCCUGGGCACAGUGUACAGGGAGACCAGGCAGGCCCUCAUCGACAUGAACACCCUCUUCACCCUGCUCAGCGUCGACACCAAGAUCAAGGAGAAAGAGUUGGCCCCGCCCCUCUUGGUCACACCCCAGGAAGCCACCAUCAGGUUUGAGGACGUGUACUUUGAGUACCUGGAGGGACAGAAGGUGCUCAAUGGGUUGUCCUUCGAAGUGCCUGCCGGCAAGAAGGUGGCCAUUGUCGGUGGCAGUGGGUCCGGUAAGAGCACCAUUGUGAGAUUGCUGUUCCGCUUCUACGAGCCACAGAAGGGAAAUAUCUACAUCGGCGGGCAGAACAUUCGGGACGUGAGCCUGGACAGCCUGAGGAAGGCAGUGGGUGUCGUACCACAGGAUGCGGUGCUGUUCCACAACACCAUCUACUACAACCUGCAGUACGGGAACAUUCACGCCACGCCCGAGGAGGUAUAUAAAACGGCCCAGCUGGCGGGCAUUCACGACGCCAUUCUCAGAAUGCCUCAUGGGUACGAGACCCAGGUGGGAGAGAGAGGCCUCAAGUUGUCAGGGGGAGAGAAGCAGCGUGUGGCCAUCGCCCGGGCCGUCCUGAAGAACCCUCCCAUCCUGCUGUACGAUGAGGCCACGUCCUCCCUGGACUCCAUUACGGAGGAGAAUAUCUUGACCGCCAUGAAAGAGAUGGUGAAGUACAGGACUUCAAUCUUCAUUGCCCACAGACUGUCCACUGUGGUGGACGCCGAUGAGAUUAUUGUGUUGAAUGAGGGGAAGAUAGCGGAGCGGGGGAGCCACCACGACCUCCUGGCCAUGCCCGGCAGCCUGUACUCGGACCUGUGGAACACGCAGAACAGCAAGAUCCUCAACCGCAAGCCCUCGGCCGACACGGAGCCCGAGCGGCUCUCCCAGAAGGAGGAGGAGCGGAAGAAGCUGCAGGAGGAGAUCCUGAACGGCGUGAAGGGCUGCGGGAACUGCUCCUGCUGAACCCGGCCCUCGGGUCGCGGGCCGAACGUCCCCGGCCGGGCCCCCCGCCACGCCCGCCGUCAUUGCCCCGCCCCGCAGACUAGUCGGGGCCCCUCCCAUAUUAACAUGGCCCAGCGCCUCAUUCCAGCUGGGCCGUCCCACGUUUCCCACUCUCACCACUCCUACUGACAGCCCCACCCACUUUCCCCCCCUCCCCUCUGCAGCGCCCCCCUCAGGACGGGCAAUUUCCAGUCACAACGGUGGAGGCUGAAUUGUUUUUCAGUAUCUGAAUGAUCUCCACAUUCGGGGACCGGGGAUAAAUGAGGGUUGUUUUAUGCAUAGUUUGGCGGAAUCAAGGUGAAACCAAGCUCAUACACUAUUUCCUUCUUCCACAGUGGUUCUUUUGGUCAAAAAUAAUGAAGGGUUUCAUUUUUUUCUUUUACCAUAGGAGACGGAAGACCCCUGAAGCUAAAGACCGUAAAGUUACAUGCCUUCAUAUAGACAUAUCGCAUAAGUUAAUUCAACUUAUUUUUAAAUUAUUUUUUUUCCAUGUAAUUGGGAACUCUUCACAGUAGGUAGUUGUUUUUAUUAUGGAUGUGUACAUAGCAAUGUAAUAAGACUGGUUGAUUCUUGAUGAAAAUGCUCAAGCAUCGUGUCCAAUUAUAAUUGUUUGUGCAAAUUUGCAUUUGAUAAGGCUAUUAAUUAUGUCUGUGGCUUUUAUUAAAAAGGUCAUAUGGUAUUUUUCUCCAAAAAAUAACAAACGCUUUACCUUGCUGUGUUUCUUGUAUCGUCUAGUUUUUAAGAUGAUAAAAUGCUUCAUAAAGUGUGGUUACCCAUGGGAUCAUUCUGUAUCGAGAAGCUCCAAGACAAACAAGUGCCAAGAAGAGGGGAAAGAUAUGUUUUCUAAGUGUGGUUGCAGUAUAGAUUUACUUGUGACCUUCCAAACGAUUGAAAAUUAACAUAACUAUAGCAAUUAAUUUUUUAAGCAAUGAAACGUAAUAGAACAAUGCAGCCAGAAAAGUUCUACAAGACUGUUCUGUCAUCCGUUGCAUUUAGACAUUUAGGAACAAUAUGAAGGCAGUGAUUGUACUUCAGGGGAAAAAAACUAGGCACAUAAAGACAUCAGUAAGGUACAGAGUAUUGUAGUUCUGAACUAAAGUACCAUGUGAUCCAUUUUUGGGAUGAGAUAUGUCAUAUGUACUCAGGUCCCUGGUUAAACAAAGCACUGUGGUGGAAGGCACUAUGCAUGCACUGAGCACACGUUUGUUUUCCUUAACACCAUUGUGUUGGGUGGAAAUUGCGUAGCCUGAAACCUGAGGUACAACAGAGCCGACUGUGCUGAUUGUAGUGUGGGGCUGUCGAGCAACAGGACUAUGAUGUAUGUAUAUAUGACUGCGCUGGAGCAAGAAAGUUGGUGUUUCUGCCAAAGACCUGAUGAACGCAGAGUCCCACAGUGCUGGUUUUGCAGACUCAUCCUGACUGCAGUUUGUGAAUGCUGUUUGUCAUAGGGCAUUGUGCAUUUGGACACACUGUUUCUUUGAGAGAGCCGAAAUGGCGGUCCUCUAUCAGCCUGUCAUGCUGUGUCUGCCGUGUACGGAAUUAAAGUAUGUUGGACUUUGUCAGA